GAAAUAAAAAAUAAAGGCCAAACUGCGCCAGCAAAGGACAUAAUAUAUAAUAGAACAUACAGUUAAAUACGUAUAUAUACGUAUAAGAUAAUAGAAAAAUAGCUACUAUGACCCUACUAUGACCUACGGAAGCUGAAAAGGUAAAAUUACGAUUUCCUACUUCAAAGUGAACGCAGCAGAGUAGACUUUACCCUAUUGUCAAAGUAGUCUCAUCAGUAGCAAUGUCUGCAUAUAUUCUGGGUGUAGACGUGGGUACCACUUCGGUAAAAGCCGUUUUAUUAGAAACUGGCUCCAGGUCGGUGGCUGCCACUCAGGCUUUGCCGACUACGUCUGAUAUAAUCGACCACAGCGGAUUAAAGGCGAAAGAGCAGGACACCGGCCGGAUCAUCGACACUCUGAACCGGUGCAUGGGCCUGCUGCCCAGAGACAAGCUGCAGCAUGUGAGGAGCAUCGGGGUAUCCGGUCAGAUGCACGGGGUUUUAUUCUGGAAAGCAAAGAGCGGCUGUGAUUGGUCCAAGAGGGAUUUCUUCACAGCCAGAGACACCAGUCAGCUCAUCACUUGGCAGGAUGGCCGCUGCAGCAGUGACUUCCUGUCCUCACUUGCAAAACCAGACUCACACCUUAGUGUAGCCACAGGUUUUGGCUGUGUGACAAUUCUCUGGUUCAUGAGACACAGGCCGGAGUUCCUUGAGGAGUACACAGCUGCAGGAACCAUCCAGGACUAUGUGGUGUCCAUGCUGUGCGGUUUGGACGGGUGCGUGAUGACGCCCCAGAAUGCAGCCAGCUGGGGUUUCUUCAACACCUCCACCAACCAGUGGAAUAUAGACAUUCUGAAGGGUGCCGGCUUCCCUUUGCACCUACUUCCUCGGUGUGUGCCGUCUGGUGGCUCGGCAGGACAGACUUGCUCCGACUGGCAUGGUAUCCCUGCUGGUACGCCAGUGGGUGCCGCCUUGGGAGACUUCCAGUGCUCUGUCUACUCCUGCAUGAGUGCACGAACAGAUGCAGUUCUCAACAUGAGCACCUCGGCCCAGCUGACCUUCGCCAUGCCGGCUGACUUCAAACCUCCAGACUCUCCUCAGCCUGCCUGCUCCAUCUCCUACUUCCCCUACUACGAUUCGUACUUGGCAGUGGCGGCUUCGCUGAACGGAGGGAAUGUUCUGGCCACUUUUGUGGGGAUGCUCACUGCAUGGAUGAAAGAGCUGGGAGUGGAGCUGAGUGAUUCGUGCCUCUAUGAGAAGCUGAUUGGUUGCGCCCUGAGGCAGGAGACGACCGACCUGAGGGUGAGUCCCACCAUCCUGGGGGAGCGACACGACCCUCUCUCCCUUGCUCAGGUGACCAACAUCUCUACUACCAAUCUCUCCCUGGGUCAUGUGACCAGGGCACUGUGCCGCGGAGUCAUCGACAACAUCACCUCCAUGAUGCCUGCUGAGCUUCUGCAGCAGGCGGGGGUCAGCAGGAUUGUGGGCAGUGGGAGUGCCAUCGCCCGAAAUGAGGUGCUGAGGCAGGAGGUGGAGAAAGCGUUUCCUCUGCCGGUCGUGUAUGGACAGGACGCGGACUCUGCUGUCGGCGUCGCCAUGGUUCUCUGUGACCUAAUGAAUGAGUCUUAAUCCACAGGGGAAUCCCUGUGCUGGACGUUUACAUGAUUAAUUCAGAGUUUUGCACAUUUUUAAUUAACUUAAUUAAAGGUAUCAUUUGUUUAAUAUAUGAGCAAUCAGGCAAAGUGUAGCGCUACAACAUGUUUUGCUCUGUAGCCUCUUUCACAUGUCGUUUCCGGUAAAUGACCCGGAUCAGCCUUGUAGUCACCGCUAGUGCCGAGGCAGUGCCGGAAUAGAUGGAGCAAAGGACAGUCCAGCUGAUGGUGGUGAUGGAAGCAACCUCCAUUAAACCUAAACAGAAGAAGACAGGGCUGGAUGUACAUGGCAGAAAAAGUCUCUUAGGGGGCUUUCCAGGCCCCCAUGAAAUUAGCUCAGCCUUGCAGCAAUUUUUUCCCAGUGGCCACUGGUGGCAUUGCAGCAAAAAAAUCUCCUGCGGCCCAGAGAGCAUUUCCCCCUUAGGCCACCACUGUAAAAGACAAGUCCGUAAAACUGUUGACGCCUUGAACUGCCAACAAGGUCAAUUAUGAAUCUUUCUGUUUUUAAUUUUGGGCCAUGGUGGUUUUAUAUUUUUAAAACUUUCCUUACGCCGAGAAAAGCAAUUGAAAAAUCUGUGAUGUGAGCUGAGCAGGAACUCGCAGAAGAAACACUACUGCGAAGCCGAACACCGUUCAUCUGCACACACUGUGAUGCCACACAGCUGGUUCAAUAUCAGCAAAGUUUCCCUUUAUAUUCAUUGUCUUCUGUGGUGAUCAGCAGUGAUGUGGUGGUUCACUUUUACACUGUGAUCUGUAGUCUAUAGUUGGGCUUUAGCUUCUAACUAUCUUUGUCUUUUUUGACCUGUUUUUGCAGCUGAAUCAUUUUGACGUCGUGGCUAUAUCCUUAAAAUGCAUAUUGUAGACAAGCUGCAAACUCCAGGACUGAAAAGUAAAGUCAAACCUAAGUGCCAAAAACUGCAGUUCUUUGAACGGCCACUUGAGGCUGCCUCCAGAUACCAGUCAAUCCCCGUAGACAACCAUGUUAAAUAUCCAACUUUACAGCAGAAAUAAACAUGUUUACAGCCUGGUGCAACAAAUGGUUUGGUCUCUAUAGUUAUUUUCCCCUGUUAUGACUGUACAGGAGGUGAAUUUUUAUAUAACUCACCUGUUGACAUUUUAUUAGGGCUUUAAGUUAUGCAUAGUUGAAGGUGUGACAGGUUGUCUGCUGAUAGUGUCCUUGGCCCCUCAUUCCGAUCUACGCCUCGCUCCUCCACAGCUCCAACCUCUUGCCCAAAUAUGGUCACUUCUGGCUCCAAAAAAAUCAAGAUGCCAACGGCCAAAAUGCAGAACUCGAGUCCACAAACCUUUGGGCGACGUCACAGUAGCUAUGUUCGUCAUUUUCUGGGCCUAAGUCCAUUUGAAAAGGUGGUCUUCAGUACAGUUCAUAUGUACUCUGGUAUGGUACACAUCAGGUGUGAACACCAACUGUACCAAAACAAGGAAGUGGAGUGCUAUUUAACAGAACUAGGAAGAGUUCUUAACCUGUUAUGAAACAGUUUCAAGUUAAUACUGAUGCCUCUAUAUCAGAUGGCAGGAAAGACUUAGAUCCGUCCUUGCUGCCGCCUUCGAUCUGCAGUCUGAGCUCGGGUGGCAGUAGGCGGAGAGCUCCAUGCUUUACAGCAGUGGCUCCUCCUCUGGCCAGGAGCAGAGCUUUUUCGACAGGGCCCUCACUCCUGGGCUGACCUGAAUGCUUUGAAACUGUAAGGCUUCGAUCAUGUCUAUUUUGAAGUGACGUGCGUGCUAACAAAGUGUCUGUCAUGUUGUUUUAAGCUGCAUUGACUUAUGUCCUCAUCUCUUAUUUACCGGGAAGGUUUGAUUAAUUGCAGCCCUUCUUCCCCGAAUCUUUGGUGCCCGAAAACUGGUAUUCAGGACAGCCCGACUCCUCCCUGCUGAAUAUGGUCUCUUGGCAGCAGUGUCCAUGUGUGGCGCCCUUUUUUGCGCUGUUGCCCCCCAAAAAUGUCACAAUGAUGAUGCAAGUGUACCCAGGUAUGGAGUGCGGUACGUUAACAAGUAUGGUAGGAAGCAAUCGUAACUAAAAUGAAAAUUAUUUUAGGGAAUAUUUCACUGAUAUACCCGGCUUUUUCCGGGUCUGUUUAGUUGUGUUUUAGUCAUGUUUUAUCAGAUAACAUGUUGCCACAAUAGAGAGUUAUAGCAUAAAACCUAGAGUUGCCAUUUUUCAAAGAUGCUCAUCAUUAAUGAGAAAAAAAUCUACUGUUAAAGAGCUCAUUUCUUCGCUGACAGCGGCCUCAUCAGAGCAGUAUACAGUGCAACAACAAACUGAGCCGUAAAAUAGUGAAAGCCCAACAAUCUGCCAUUGCCUCACUCUUCAGCUGUGACAUAGAUGCAGUAUUAACGUGACAAGAUCAUGCUCAUUCUAUGCAUGUAACUAAGACAUUACUGUAUAUAUAAAACCCAUGAAGUAGAUCGAAAUCACGGCGCUGCUGGAAUGCGUCAAAGAUUGAAGAUCACAAUUUUAUGAUCCAUAACAGGAUCUCCAUAUUUGAGCGUGCACUGCUUCUUUAAAUGAAAGCGUAGUUACAGCGUGGUUUAUCAGCAGGACCCGCAGUGAGAUGAGGCAUAGCAACUAUUAACAUGUUAGCAUUGGAGCAGAAAAUAGGCUAUGAAGGAAAUGUCCUCUCCUCAGUUGUUACUGUCAUUUUCUUUCACUUCCAUCUGUCUUAUGGUUUCUAUGUCGCUGCGUGUGAGGAGCUUAUUUUCUUUCAAAUUUCCACUUACCAUCUCAGCAAGUCCAAAAAGAAAAGCCACCUCUUUAUCCUGAGCUGUGGUGAUUCAAUAUAGAUAAGAAGCGUCUAUAAUCAUUGGACUGUGGCAGUGUAGUAAACUGUAUUUGUGUUUGUUAGAAGCCUUUUUUAAAUACCAGAGUGGAUACAUAUUCCUUUCAUCACAUCUUUAUCACCUGAUAGUAAACUCUGUACUUUUUGUCCAUCAUGAGACCCUGUAGGAAUGAUGAAUUCUGUAGGACUUUUUUCCAGUAAGUUGAUUGGAUCCGAUUCUCUGAAGUUAACUCUUUAAAUUAAAACUUUCUGGUGCUAUUUUUAUGCCUUCACGUUGGCGACAGCUGUGGUGAGAGGUGUUAUGUCUUCAGGUCAUCCAUCUGACCCAUUCUCAUGAAUUCAAUAUCUCAGGAAGAACUUGAGGGAAUUUCUUCAAUUUUGGCACAAACGUCCACCUGGGCUCAGCAAUGAUCUGAUUAGAACCACAUUUUUGGCGAUUACUCAAGAAUUCAUACAGUAAUUACGGAAUUUUUUUUCACAGAUGUCUAAUAGGAUGAAACGUUGACGGGAUAACUAAAGACUGAAUAAAAUAAUGGACGUAGAUCAAAGUUGCUAGUAGGGGUAGUGGUGCAAUGGAUAAUGUGUCUGACUAUGGAUCAGAUGAUUCUAGGUUUGACUCCUGUCUAGCUUGUAUGAAUCUUUUGCAAUUUUCCCCCACUGUGGGAUAAAUAAAGGAUUACCUUAUUAUUAAGCAUAACUUAAAGCCACAAUAAAAUGUAAACGGGUGAGUUACAUAAAAAAUCCCCCCACCCCCCCGGACCGUUACGAUGAAGGGGGAGAUUAGCUAAAGCUACCAGAAUGUUUAUUUUUGCUGUGAAGUUGGACAUUUUAACAUGUGUUUUGACUCACUCUUGGAGCCAGCCCCAAGUGGCCUGCUAGAGGAAGUGCAGUUUUUGGCACUAUCGUGCUAGCUUCGUUUUUCAGCCUCGGAGGUUGCUGCUGGAUGGUUCCCAACCUUUCUAGUUAACGGACCCCUUUUUAUCAUUCAGUGAGGUGACGACCCCUGACUGAGUGGCAUAUUUAAUGGAUAUUUCAGUCUUGAUUUUUUUAAACUGGUGGCAUCCUAUUAAUUAACAAAAAGUUUCUGUUUUGUUUUUGUUUUUUUUAUAAUUGCUUAGCAAAUUGUUGUCAAUGAGCUGCUACUGUUUCUGUUAUUGUACAGAUUUCUUUCUUAGAGUGUGGGCCUGUGUAGUUUUCUGCAAUGAGCCAUUAGUUAACAGCUGAUGAGAUGUUCCUGUGGUGCAAAUAAAUCCGUAUUAAUAAUUAAUGUUUGU